GCAACAAUAACGGUUAAAUCAAAACGAUCAAAACUGCUCAAAACAAUCGAUGAAAUGGACAUUAGCGAGGUAGCAUCACACAAUAACUCAGUUAUUACAACUGGUGUUGCAAAAUGCAACAAAAAAAAUAUGUCAGCCGAUGAAGUCUCUUUGCUUCGAGACUUACAAAGAGCCAUAUUGGAAACAACAGAAGAAAAUGCUGCAUAUACAAAGGAGAUGGCAACUUUAUCAGCUAAAUUAAAUCUUGAUGUCAAGACAUUACCUAACGACAUAAAAGAAGAUUUAGAGACAGUAUCUUCGAUUCUAAAAGCUGAAAAGCUGUUCGAAUUUGAUGAAAUGACAUUGCAGGUAGUUAAAGAACGAAAGAUUAUAGAGGAAAAAAAAUGGGAGCGAGAACAGAAGCAGAUGUCCAUACAGUACGAUAAAUUAUUUAGAAAUUGUACAAAGUUACAAACAAAGCUUGAUCAUCUUCAAGAUGCGGUCGAUUCUCUCAAGAACUCUAUUGACGUUACAGAGGAGGAUAAGAAUGAUAUGUAUUGUAAUAAGGUUUUUCUGUCUACAAAAUUAAAGGAGUAUCAGCAAGCUGUAGAGAAAUUGGAAACAGAUUUAAGCAAGAUGCAAGUUGACGAAUUUUAUUCGGAAAAAAUAUUGAACAAGUUUAAAUUGUACCUGGAAAAGACAAGCAGAUUAGCAGAUCUCAAUCAAUCGCUUGCUAAAUACGAGAAUUUACCACCAAACUUGCUGCAAGCUAAAUUACUGUUAGAAAGUAAAAGGAAAGAGUAUGAAGAGUUAGAACAGAUAUUUUUAGAAAAGACUCAGUAA